UAUGUUCAUAUAUUAAGGGGCUCAGCCAAUCUAACAAAUCUUAACACAUUUUAGUUUUAAAGAUACAGUUCACCAAAGAAAACGCAGCUUAUAUAACAAAAUAUAUUUGAAUAUGAGAAAAGUUCAUCAUAAGGAAUCAGGUUCAGUAGUGCGCGUAAUUUUGGAUUUCUUAUUACUGGCAAGCACUUACUUUGUAGCUUUAGUGAUCUUACCGAAUAUACUUAAAACGAACACGCGUGGUUUCUUUUGCGGCGAUAAAUCGCUUAUGUAUCCUUACAAAUUGAAUACAUUAUUAAAACCGAUACAUAUUGGAAUAUUCGUACUGGCCGUACCGGCAACAGUGGUAUUGUGUAGUAAGCUGAUGAGUGUCAUCAAUAUCAUGAAAGACACAUCUUCAUCGUCCAGUAACUUUCAAACACGCUACAUAAUAGCCGGUAUACAAAUUCCUACCAUAAUCAGUGAUUGUUUCGCCAUAUUGGGUGCCUAUCUGUUUGGCUUGGCUUUAGUUGUUAUUAUUACGAUCUCAACGCAGAGAUUUACAGGACGUUUGGCACCCUAUUUUUUUGAAGUAUGCCAACCGAUAAUAACAAUCAACUCGACCGCCUGUGCGCAUGUUAGCCACUUUAAGCAUUAUAUAGCUGAGUAUACGUGCUCUUCAUUCACCUCCGGCGUAAAACUUUUAAGUGAAAUGCGUCAUUCAUUUCCCAGUUCGUAUGCCUCAACGACCACAUAUGCUAUGGCAUUCAUUAUUAUGUAUCUUCGGACUAGCAUCACAGCAAAACAUGCACUAUGGGCUCAAUAUUGUCGUCUUCUCUUACAGUGCGGUUGCGUGAUGCUGGCUAUUUUAGUUGCUGUGGAACGUUUAACAUCAUACCGUCAUCAUUGGUCGGAUGUUGUAUUUGGCGGCGUGAUAGGUGCCACUGUCGCCUGUAUUGUGAUUCAUAUGCUCUUAAGCAACUUAUUUGAAACAGUUCCCAUUAAGACUCGUUCUAAUAGGACACAAGCUAAUGAAUCAUUAAUCUUACAACGUAAAAAAGUAGAUAACAAUUUCUCGUUCGGUUAUUAUAAUUUGGGAUAUUGUUAUAAUUUAGGUUACUAUCGGCCGAGAUUUUGUUUUUAAAAAACCACAUUUUUGUUACUAAAGGAUAUACAAAAGUCAAUAAAUAUGUUGAAACACAUUAAAAAUCAAUUAUUUAUUAAAGCUGCAAGGCAUGCGGUCAACAAUAUAUUUAUCACAUAAGUAAACUCUUUUAAUGACGCAAGCUAAAGAAUGCUUUUUCCUCCACCUCUACGCCUAUAUUUUCUGCAAUACUAUUAUACUUUGUCGCGAACAAUAACAUCAACUGUUAGUUUUAAAUGAUGUCCAGUGAUCGUGACCGACUAUUUAAGAGAUAAGUGAUAAGUGUAUUUAGCAAGAAGAGGCCAACCUUCCGGAUCUCUAUGUCAUUCCAUCAGAUGAAGCUUUUACUCGACCAAUGUUUGAUGGGCACGCGAAGAGCGCACGAUCAAUCAGCAGGAAUGCAGCAAACGUAAGUCAAUGUACGUCAGAUAAUAAGCAAGAAUACAAAGAGUAAUAUUUUCCAAUGAUACGAAAUAAACAAAAACGGUUAAAAAUAAAAGGGGGCAUCGGCGUUAAAAGUUUUCGUGGACCAGCAGCCGUAACCUAAUCCACUUUAGUAAGCACUAUAGCGA